AUGGUGGCAUUUGACGGAAGUAAAAAAGCAGAGCAAAGGGAAGCCAUUCUCAAAGAGCUGCUGGCAAUAUGGCGGAAAGGCGAUAGCUGGUACCCAAAGAGAGACCGGCCUCUACCUCGGCCCACGGACGUGCCUCGGGAGCAGCAGGUCCAGACCGUGGUGCGCAACAUCGUCGGCGGACUCAAAUCCCUGGGCCUGCUCUCCCAGAAGAACACGGGUCUCCCCUCCCUCAACAAGCCCCUGGACCGCCACCGCCUCUCAGGCUUCCUCCACAACAUCUCCCUGUACCUCCAGGAGAUGGGAGCUGAGAUAGACGACCGGCACCCGGCCUUCAACGAGGAGCAGUUCUGGGAGAAGGUCCUCUACACGCUCCUGCAAGCGGAAGGUGGUGGCCCGUACGGGUCAUGGGAGAGCAGCAGGGUGCCUCCCAGGCCCAGUUUCAGACUGCAGGACCUCUUCCUGUCCCUCAGGGGCAGCCCCCACUGGGACGGCCUGCUGGGAUUGGUGCAGAGCAUCCAGCAGCUGUCCGAGCGUCAUCCUCAGCGUCCGAUCUUGGCCUUCCUGUCGCAGAACUGGAAGACCAUCAGCGCAUUGCUGGAUGUGGCUAUGCAGGCAGUGGUAAGCGGGACGUACGGCCAAGCCAGUGCGGGCGUACAGGGCUUCAUCUGCCUGCUAAGAGGCCGGCAUGACUGCGGCUUCAGCACGGGCUGGCUGGAGCAGCUCCUGGCCUUUCUGGAGACACGCAACUGGAAGCCCGUGCUCAGCCUCCACCCGUCGGGCGACCCCAGAUCCAACGGAGCCGGAACCUCUGUGUCCACCGGUCGCCUCAGGCCCUUUAGCCUCCCACCCGAGGCCCUGUUGAACGAGGACACACUAGUGGCAUCCCUGAGGAACCAAACCUUAUCCUUGGUGGAUGGUGACGAGGAUCUGGACUCAGUGCAGGCCCUGCUGCUGCAGGCUUUGUCCCGCUCGGCAGCAGGGGAGCGGGCCGCGGCCCAGUUGGCCCAGAGGAACCCGGCACUGCUGCAAGGGCUGGAUGGUCUGAGGAAUGGACUGCUGCACAGAGUGGGGAACUCGGUGUAUGGAAGCCUGCGCAGGAAGGUGUCCCGGGUCACCGUGGCGCUUCUUGAUGAUGUCAGCAGUGUGGUUGGGGUGCCCCAGCCUAAUGGUCAUGGGAGAUGCAGUGUGGGUGACCUCAGGCAGCUCAUUCUGUGGUCCAGGGUCCUUCCACACCCAGACGACCUGUCCCCACUUGUACCUCCAUCUUCCACUUCCUCUUCCUCUUCCUCUUCCUCCUCUACACCACACCCACCCUCCCGCAGAUCUAGAGUCUUCCCUCACCCAGACGACCCCUUCCCGUCCCCAUCCCCUACCCUGCCAACGACCCCUGACCCCUCGGUCUCCGAGGAGAUCCUGGAGGCGGCCUGCAACGACACCAUCCCAGGCCUGACGGGCGUGUCCAACUUCACGGUCUUUCUGUACUGCAACCUCUUCACGGGCUCCCUGGAGACCAUCUCCGACCUGCGCGGGCCCGACCUGCACGCCACCUGCUCCGACGCCGCCUGGUACCUCUCGGUGGCCGAGGAGGACUUCCUCUGGGUGCAGGUCUGCAGUGAGUUCUUUGCGCACGAGUUCAACAAUACCGUAUGUGCCAACUCCUCGUUCUGGGUCCACAGUGCGCAACAGGCUGCAAUCACAAAGGACUACCAGUAUUCAAACCAGUCCAGCAUCUUUGAGCUUUGUGUGCAGCUUACGGAGGUGGCCGCCACCGUAGGCGCCACCCCCGAUGCCAGUCCGGACUGCCUGGCAUUGCUGGGCAGCCCAUUCAUGAGUGCCCACGACUUCAGAAGGUGCUUCCUCCCCAACGACUCCGCUCUCCUCCUCUCUGUGUGCGGGAGCAACUCGUCGUACCCCUUCCCUGACGAUGGCUCCUGGGUGUCUGUGUACUGCUCGCGCGUCCUCAACACCACCCAUGCCCUGGUGACGCACCUCUGCGACUACAGGACUUGGGACAUCCAGCAUUUCGCCAAUGCCACCUUGCUGGAGCUGUGCGUCCACACUGUGGGUCUUCGGGACUAUAUGUGCAGCAAUGCUUCCCUUUAUACGGAGCUCCUCCACAGCCACCCAUCCCUCCUCCUGGGUCUGUGCUUGGGCAGGGAUGAGGGAGAUGACGGUGGUGGUGGUGGUGGACCAGGUGGAGAUGGACCCGGCCCUGGUGGUGCUGGAGGGGAAGGUGGGGGGGUGUAUGGUACCGGGCCAGGCGGCUCCACCCGCUGCCCCCUCCAGCAGUUCUUCGACAUGCUCCCGGCUCCGUACGCCUUCGACACAUCUCAGCUGUGUGCCGACCCGGCCCCCAUGCUGCUGGAGACGCUGCAGAGCCUGAGCCGGUGUGAGGGGCCCGUGGACGAGCGCGUCAGCUGGCUUGCCACGGUGGGAUAUGUGCUGCGACUGCUAGACUUCGUGGUGGGCCUGUCGGCCGGCCUGGAGGAGGGCGAGCUGGAGGUGAGGCAGGGUCUAGGCCAGGCCAUCCUGCUCUCCAGCCUGCUGGAUAACAGCUCCUUCUGGGCCACUCUGCGGCCUGACGCCUCCCUCAGCGUGCUUCACACCAUCGGGGUCUUCCUCAGGAAGGAGCAGAACCCUGCUGUCAAGGAGGACCUCCUCAGCUGCUUCAGUCCCGUGCUGUGGGAUCUGAUUCAGAGACAAGGCAACUCUUCAGCUCUCAGAGUGCUUAUCCAGGAGUACCUGAAGAUGCCAAGGGAGAGCAUCCACAUGCUGGUGAUGUCAGCGGAGAAGGAGGCGGUGAAGAGGUUCUUGGCUCACGUCCACCAGACGUGGGACCAGCUGGACGUGGAGGUCCAGGCCUCCCAGACAGACCAGCAGGCCAUGGAGACCAUGACGGCUGCCUUCAUCCAGAAGUUUCCGCGAGUGACCCCUGACCUCUUCGUCGACCUCUCUCAGUUCAUCCCCUUUAUGUCCGUGUCUGACAUCCUGAGCCUGCCAGCCUCUCUCAUGGUCAACGACAGCGUGUUACUGGCGAUCCGGGAGCACAGUCCGGACAUGAAGUCUCCUCAGAAGCAGGCGUUUGUGAAGCGGCUGCUGCAGUCUCCGGUGGCCGGGGAGGUGUCGGCAUGGCCACACUACUUCCUGACCUCGAUCAUGCCCCUGCUGCCACACCUGCCCUUCAGCCACUUCCAGCAGCUCACGGCUCAGCAGCUCAGUCCCCUGCUGGAGCUCUUGGGUAACAGCAGUCUGGAUGCCGCCAGGGGACAUCAUGUUCUCAGGAGCGUCUUCCCCAAGAAAAGGAACUUCACCAAUGAGACCCUUCUCAGGCUGGGGGCCCUGGUGUGUUACCUGAGCCUGGAGGACCUGGCCCCCUUCCUGCUGUCCCCUCCUCCUCCUCCCCCGGCGCUGUGGCAGCAGCUGGCCUCCUGCGUCAACCAGGGCCUGGUGGCAUCCGACGGCCGGCUGGCCCAUUGGCUGGAGAUGGCUGUGGGCUCCAUGAAUGCCAGUGCCCUGGCCCCGUCUGUGCUGGCCUCCCUGCGGGCUCUGCUGCCCCAGCUGGGGGCUGACUUCCUGCUGCCCCUCUCCCCCGACGAGCUCCUGGAGCUACUGACUCAGGCCCAGGUGCCCAGCUACCCACCUGCCCAGGCUUUCCAAAUACUGGAGAGGAUAUCGGAACACAGAAAUCUCAGCGUGAAUCUGCUGUGUCGGCUCCGGCCGCUGCUAUCGGGCCUGUCUGCAGGUGUGUUGAGGGAUGUCUUGGGGCCACAGGGGGAACUGCUGACGGAGGAGGAAGGUAGCUGCCACUGCUGGCGCCCCCUGCUGCUCACCCUGCGCCCUGCACACAGAGCUCUGCUCCAGACAGCUCUCACAGAGGGGCUGGACAGACGAUAUGGUAACACCUCCCUCCACCUGCAUUGCCUCCUGCCCUACGUCUCGUUGAAGAGGCUGAUGAUGGAGCUGGACGGAGACUCCAUCCGCACCCACCUGCAUCUCUACAGGGACCUGCCAUGGUCCCCACAACAGGCUCAGCUGCUUUUCAGAAGGCUCCAUCAAGUGGCCAAUAUUACUCUGGAGAGCGUGCGAACUCUGGGCCGUAUUGCCGGAGGGAUGAGCUGCGAUUGGGUGAUGCUCUGGUCCAAUGACACGGGCUUCUCUGAGUUGGUGCAGUUUGUCAGCAAGUUGCCAGGACAACUGAGACCAGCUUUGAGGAAGUGCAUAGUGGAGGAGCUGAGGAGGAGGCCAGAGAUGGAUCUCAGUGACUUGGACCCUUCCCUCUCUGCCACCCUGCCGAUGCGGUUGCUGGACACCCUGGCCAACACCAGCCUCCUGGCCAUCCUGGAGCACGUGCAGCACAACUUCACCAGCUUCCUCACGCUCGCCCGACACAAGCAGAUGGUCCUCGCCGAAAAGGCCGUCGAUUACUAUGGCAUUGCCCAGCAGGGUCUGACGGGGGCGUCUCUGGACCUGCUGGGCCCGUUGCUGCCCUUCCUGGACCAGGGUGCCCUGCGGCAGGUGGAGCGGGAGGCCCUGCGUCUGCGGCUGGAGGAGCUGAAGGGCUACUGCGUGCCCACUGACAGCCUCCGAGACCUGGCCACCCUGCUCACUGACAAGGCGCUUCUGGGGGAGACGGGUUCCUGGGACGUGGGAGACGUGGAGCAUGUUGGCAGGCUGGUGUUUGCUCUUUCCCUGAAGCAGAUACGAAACCUCCCUCUGAACCAGUUGGGUGCUGAGGUUGUGGAGGAGAUCCUCCAGAGCCAGAGGCAGUGGGAGGAGAGUGAGCUGGGCCAGGCCUGUGGGCAGCCCCCCUCUCUGCGGGACAAGAUCCACACCUUCAUCCACAAGAUCAUCAAAGGCAGACGGAGGAGACAGAGAGAGCCUGUGCCAACCUGCGCUGACAUCAAGGGCACCUUCCCCUCGGCAUGGACCACCUCUCAGUACCAGCGCAUGACUGACAGGGAGCUCCAGAGCUGCGUGGAGUUUGUGGGUCGAGACCCGACGCUCAGCCCGGAUCAGCGCUUGACUCUCUGGUCCAAAAUCAAGCAGUCUUACAGACCAGUGCGGUCCAUGCGCCCGGAGCAGGUUUUGCAUCUGGGCUCUAUCGUGACAGAGCUGGGGGAGAGGGAGCUGCAGGCCCUGGAGCUGUCUGACCUGGGGCUGGUGGCCCACCUUGGCAGCCUGGACGCAUGGAGCUCAAAGAAAAUGAGGGCUACCCUGCUGGGCAUCCUGCGUCGGCGAGGGCAGCGAGCAGAGCAGCUGGGUGCAGCAGAGCUGGCAUCACUCGGGCAUCUCUUGUGCGGAUUCAGCAUUCCCGAACUCGGCCGCCUGGACCCGCACAAUCUUAGUCUGGCGGUGCUUUUCCUGAGGGCGUUGUCUCUGCCCUGCACUGAGCAGCAGCAGGAGGCCCUGGUGGCACGCCUGGCACACCCUCGCGCCUUCGGACCCGUCAGCACCUGGACCUCGGACAUCUUCACCGAAAUCGGCACCCUGGCAGUGGGGCUGGAGGACAUGUUGAUGUCUGCUCUGGUGAAGGAACAGAUCCAGGGUCUGACACAGGCUGCCAUCCAGCUCAUCCCACCCCACAAAUUAGCAGUGGUGCUGAGUGCAGCCCAGCUGUCAUGGUUCAGCCCGGAGCAGGCGUCUGCCGUGACGGAGGAGCAGUGGCUUGAGCUGGAUAGUCAGCAGAGGCAGGCCCUGAACCUGGCCCUGUACGAGGGAGACGUAAUCCUGGAGCACCGAGGUCGCAAUGGAGGCGUCUCAGGAUGGACCAUUGACAGCGUCACUGUGUGCUUACUGUCCCUGUAUUGUACAUUAUGGCAUCUAUUGUAAAACAAAGAGACUGCAGA